AUGCUAAAGCUGAUACGUUCACCGCUGCACAUAAAACCACUUGCCACUCACGAACAUGUUAGCGCUGCCAGCAGGCCGACACGAGCACCUCUGCUCAAACGUUAGGCGUACUGCGCAUCACUCUCUUCAGCACGCACGUCCCCUAACCCUAGCAGUACAUAGUGUGCCUGCAGCGAUGUCCAUACGUUCAUUGUUUCCCGCUCCUCAUGCGAAGUAAAGCUCCAGGAUAUCGAAACACGGAAAGCAACUCGGGAGAAAGCCAACUUUUCCGCUCAGUAUUUUCAUCAUCUUCUGUUUCUUAGCAGUCGUCUCCUCUGAAGAGGGCUCUUCGAUAUGGGAUUCGGACAAUCGUAUCUUACGAAAGAGGUAACGUUUGACGCCGCAAAGUUCAAACAAAGUCGAGAUGAACUGGUACAAGGAAAAGAAAAAGAGCUGGUUGCUGAGAUGGAAAAAUGGUUCGAUGAAACAAUGAGGAUGUACAAGCGGUACUGCCUACGAUAUAGGCCUAACCGCCAAACGCGUGAAUUGUUUACAGGUCUCACGACCAUGGUGGAGUUUGGCGAACUUCGAAUCUUGUUGAUUGGUCGCUCUGGUGUCGGGAAGAGUGCUACAGUCAACAGAUUCCUGGAGAUAUUCAGACAGCCAGAGACGCAACAGGAAUAUUGUUGUGGAGAAGGUGACAAGCGUGUCACGGAUGCGCUGCUGGAAGCGGCCGACAUUGCCGAAGAAGGAGGAUUUUUGUUGAGAUCCCCCCAGGGCCAGGGUGAUGACUACCGUAUGAAUGCUACGAAGGUUCGCGCUCUCUUCACCAAUCAGCUGCGCCACGGUGAUAUAUAUGCACGAGAAAUCAGGCCAACUGCUGAUAACUACACGCCUGGUGAAUGCCAUGCUGUCCUGCACAUCAUCCGGGCCUACGAAGUAAAUAUCAAGGAUAUGCUAGUCGAGGAACUGGAGGAAUUAAGGUGUACCCGAGAUGCCCUGCGUGAGCUUGAUGUUGUUCCUGUGACAAUAAUCACGGGCUCUAGAUGGGAAAACUACACAGACAGUGACAUGGAGCUCAAGCGGCAGGCAGCAGCACGCCGGACAGGCUCACCACUGCAGUACACGUUCACCAUUGACAACAAGACUCCUGCAGAUGAUCCGAUUCGCCUGAAGAGGUUGCGCCUGACGCUGCUGCUAGCAUUACGGGCCUCUGCGAUCCUAGCUGAACAGAGACUCCACCGCAAGGAGCUGCAGAGACGCCGAAUUGCCCGACCACAGCAAUCUGAGGACGGAAAGUACGUUGUGGCAGCAUUUCUCAAAUCCAUCGCCUCACAAUUUGGGUGGCCGUCCACGUUACUGGAAGAUGUAGAGCAGCGCUUGGCUGCAGUAUGGCUUAAUAGAAAAAAGAAGAACUUGGUGGACGGCAAUUUCAUCACCCCGGCUGAGUUUGUCUCAAUACUGGCCUCCCGGAACAAAGAAGUAUGGGACAGAAUCUUCCCGCCUCUGGCUGCUGAUGCAUUGGAAGCACAGGUGAAGUCACAACUGCACGGCUUUGCUGAGGACUGUGGGCUAACGAACUACUCUGACCUCGACCUACCGACUGUUGCUGAUCGUGAGUUGGUCACCGCAUACCUAGAAACCUGCCCAGCGCGAGGGCAAUAGACUGAACCUGAAUAGGAGCAAUAAUAAAAUUCACUUUUGUGGUGGUCACAUACGUACGACCCACGCUGUUGGCUUGGCGAAGAGUGGUCCCAAAAAAUCAAAAUUGAACGAUUCCCCUGAUACACUGCCAGUUGGCGUAGUGGAAUAUCAGCAUUAAAUUUGUUUUCAAAUCUCGAUUUCUCAAUGUAAAAUGAAUAAAAAUUUAUAUCCUACUUUCUGUACCUAUAGAAAUACAUUGCCACUCACUUGCACAUCAUCUCAUUUUAAAUUUAGCAAUUUCUUCAACUUUUUCUAGUACUCGCUCUCAUGGUGUCAUUAUCACGCACAGCCAUUCUAGUACAAAAUCGAUUCAGGUGGAAACUUUCUUUCGAUACUACCCUACUAAUCUUUAUUUUGAAUUUCACAAUUUCCUUCCCUACAACAGUUUUUUUCAAUAUGAAUGAACAUGGAUCUUCAUAGAUUUAAAUUGUGUGAAUGGUAUGCGAGCCAACAUCAGCUGCACUUCACGUAAAGAGUUCUCAAUGGAGUGA